AGCGUCCGUAACCAUUCUGGCUCAAGGCAUUUCUUGGGCGCGAGCCCCGAAGCCCCCCCUCGAGGUCGCCGCAUCCCCCGCGGCGAUCCCGCCUUCUCCCCCGGGAUGCCGGCCCUGGUGCCCCUGCGGGUGGCGCUCCUGGUGGUCGCGGCGGGCGCGGCGCUCACUCCUGCGAGGCUGAAGCCCGACGGCAGCCACGCGGUGGCCCCCGAUGGGCCGGUGCGAUUCCGCUUCGCGCCCGUGGACAGCACCGCGAGCGCGGGGACCAAGAUGUCGAAGUUCAGGCAUUGGGUGAGAUCCGCGGGCGGUGCCCUCGUCAGCGAUCGGGUCGUGAACAGCUCCGAGCCGGAGCUGGUCCUGCCGGGCCUGCGGCCCGGGCGGUACAGGUGGGGCGUGCAGUGGUGGUCCGCUGGCACCGCGUCCGCCGAGGCCGAGUCCGAGGUCCUGGUGGCGCCCCGCGGCGACGCGUGGGACAGCGUUCCCUGGCUCGGGGCGCACGGCGCCAACGAGUUCCGCCUGGCCGCGCGCGUGCCGGCCCCGAGCGACGCGGAGCUCCUCGUGGCCACCCUCGGCUUCGGCUAUGUGACGAUCAACGGCCACGAGGUGUCCAAGGAUGUGCUCAGCUACUCUGGCUGGACGGUCACCGACAAGCGGGUGCUCUACCGCAGCUACAACGUGACGGGCCUCCUGGGCAGCGACGGAGUGGCGCAAAUCUUCGUCGGGCUGGGCUGCGGGUACCGCUGCGACGCGAAAGGGCAGUCGCGCUUCCCGGGCAAGGUGCCCCCCCCGAACGACGCGGUCCCGAAGGUGCUCCGUCUGCAGCUGUGGGUCGGCGGGAAGCUCGUGGCGCACAGCGGCAGCCCAGGGUGGCAGGCGAGAGCUGGCCCGGUCGUCGACGACUCGGUGUACGAUGGGGAGACGUACAACCAGACGGCCGCCACGGGGUGGGCCCCCGCCGCCGCGCUCGCGACGGGCAGCGGCCCUGCCGGCACCAUGGUGCCCGCCAGCUUCCCGGGCGUUCAGGUCAUGCGUGUGGACGCCCCGGUGGCCAUCACCGAGCCGGCCCCUGGCGUCUUCGUGGUCGAUUUCGGGUCCAAUGUCGCCGGCGUCUGCCGCAUCUCCAUCCCUUCGGCGGGCACCGUCGUGCUGAGGCACGGCGAGGUGCUGCAGCACUCGUCCAUGCCCGGUGCACCGGACCCGGAGCCUGGCCGCGUCUACUUUGGCAACCUCCGGUCGGCAAAGGCGACCGACACCGUCGUCGCAGCAGGACCCUUGAAAGAUUGGUGGCCCAGGUUUACCUACCAUGGCUUCCGGUACGUCGAGGUCACGGGCUUCCCAGGGACGCUCACUGCUGGCGAUAUCUCCAGGCUCCGUCUCCACACUGCCCUGGAGUCCAAGACGCAUGCCACCUUCAGUGACGAAGUGCUGCAGGCCAUUCACGAGGGAUCGCGUGGCUCGCAGCUGUCGAACUUGAUGCAGUUGCCAACAGACUGUCCGCAGCGCGACGAGCGGCUUGGCUGGAUGGGGGACGCCAGCCUGUCCGCGGAGUCGAUGUUCCUCCAUUUCGACUACGCAGGGAUGGCCACGGCGUUUGCCGACUCAAUGAUCGACUCCAUGGGGGCAGAUGGAGACUUGCCAGACAUCGUGCCGCUGGAGCGUUUCUACCCGGCUCGUCCAGGAGAUUCCUCGUGGACGGCAGCAUUCUUGGAGAUCUUGACGCAAGCUUGGAAAGUGGAUGGCGACCUUGAGCCUGCAAAGGCACGUUGGCCAGCCGUCCUGAAGCAUGUGACAGGUAUCGAGGCGGAGUUUUUGGAGCGGGAGACCUUCAAGACGUGGCCGGAGCACUACGGCGAUUGGUGCCCGCCGCCAAAGACACCUGGAAGCCCUCGACAGAGCCCUGGGCAAGAGAUAGCCUCGCACGGGUUCUCCGCGGCGUUCUCCGCGGCCCACACCAUGCAACAGGCGGCCGACCUGGCCGAAGCUCUCGGCCUGGAGGUCAAGGCGAAUCUCUCCACUGUCGCCGACAGGAUGCGGAAGGAGUUCCACAAGAGCUUCUUCCGCCCGGAAGCGAACUCCUACGACACUGGCACCAUGCUGAGCUAUGUGCUGCCCCUCGCCCUGGGCGCGGUGCCCCAGGACGUGGACGCCGCGGUCUUCCAGGGCCUGCUGGACCACAUUGCCAGCAAGAACGGCACUUGGUCUGGCGGCAUCAUCAACAACCGAUUCCUGUUCGACGUGCUGGCCGACCGCGGCCACGCCGACCUCGCGCUGGCCAUGCUGCAGCGCAGGGACUACCCGUCGUACGGCUACAUGUACUUCAACGACUUGGAGCCCGCAAGGGAGUGCAUGUGGGAGCUCCCCGACGCUCCCUUCCAGGGUGACGGCAUGAACUCCAGGAACCACCAUAUGUACUCCUCCAUCGGGUCCUACCUCGUCCGCCGCCUGGCUGGGCUGAGCAGCAGCUCCGGCGCGAGAGAGCUGACGGCGGUCGUGGGCCCGAAGGGCCUCCAGAACGCGACGGCGCGCCUGCAGACGCCCCGCGGCGAGGCCACGUGGGCCUGGAGGUGGGCGGGCGAUUCGCUCUCGGCGGAGAUCCUCGUGCCCGUGGGGAUGCGCGCGCAGGUCCUCCUGCCCGCCGCGCUGGUCGUCGAGGUGCCUGCCUCGGCGCUGGCGCACUCGGCGACCCCUCAGCGCCCAUCGGCGCUGCAGAGGAUCACGCUGCCCUCGGGGCGCCACUCGCUGGCGGCCGGGCCCGCCUGGUCUCAGAUCUUCGCGUGAGGCGGGGCUGGCUCGCUGCCUCAGGGCCGAGACGUGCACGCGUUUCCUCUCGGAGAGCGACAGUCGAGCCUCGUCGUCGUCUUCGGAGGGCGAGGAGGUGCCGCCUGUUUGAGGUGGUGCCCCACACUUUGAAGCGGUGCCACCUGGGGCAGAGAACCCAUUCGAGGCCGGCCGAUCCCACAGGAAGGCUCGCGGCCAGCAGUCGGCUUGGACUGGGCAUGUGGAAUAGAAGGGAUGGCGGGCAUGAGUAGUUUGAGUGUUUUCAUCGACAGUCGACUCGGCAGGGAGAGCUUGGAAGCAACAGGAAAACAUCAUAGCCAGAGUGCAGUCUCCC